CAGUGUUUGCUCUUAUUGCGCGCGGAAGCGGUGGAAGUCCCGAAACUAGGUCCAGUGGGAUCUCAGCAGUCUCUCACAUAAAAAAAAGGCAGAAACCGAGAAAUCCUAUAGCUACAGAGGCAAAGUGGGAGGGAUCACAAGCCCUAGAUAACUGCAGUCUGCGGAUCGCGUGAGAGUGUUUGGGAAGUGAAUUUUAUGGCAAAGAUGGAGAACCAGAAACAUAUCCUUGUUAGAUGUCCUCAUUGUGCAGGACCUCUUUCUAAAGAAUUGGAAACUAGUCGCUGGACAAUUUCACCAUUAAUCAGAGACAGUUUUUCCAUGAUUGGAUCUGCUGUUGGUGGUACUGCAAGCGCAUUCUACGGAUUUAACCUUGUGACACCAUUGGUUCAAAGGCGGAUAAAGGGCCCUAUGUGGUUACAUUUUCUCGUCGGUACUCCACCGGUGCUGCUGUUCUCUUCUGCUUGUGCUGGGUUGGCAGGUGGUGCGGUUCCAGCAGUAGCCCAACUUGUCUCGUCAUCGUAUCAUGCAGCAUCUUCAUCACUGUCAGCUUCACGUCCGGUCUCCUCAGAGGAUGAUAAGAAGAUUCCCAACAAAUCAACAACCUCUACUCUGUAAUCACUAAGCAGUUGCUGCAACUAUUAUCCCACUGACCCUCCGGUUGAGAGAGAAAGAGAGACUUUCUCCAGUCUAAUUUACUUGUAGUUUGAUGUAUAUAUGCAGAUUAAACCGCAACCAAUUUUCUCGAGAGUCAUCCAAUAACCUGAUGAUCUUAUUGGCAGUUGUAAGCAUCAAAAGCUUCAUUCUCGCUGGCAGCCUCUCAAACCAGAAUUCUAAACAUCAUCCCCUUGCAUAAUGAAAAAUGUGAAACUGGAAAUGUAAUUGGAAAAGUACUCUAUUUUGAUGUUCUAGUCUGACCUGUAAAACCAAACUGGUUCAAGACGCUGACUAAACUAUGCUACAAUUAGAAUUCUUAUUCGUUAAUACCAUCCAAACUCUUGCUAUUA